AUGCCCAUACAAACAGCGGCGUCAAGCCCAGCUGGUCCGCAAUCAUUGAGGAGGCAUUCGCAUGCUGGGAACGCAGGCACAGUUGCAGUUCAUGACACAAGCGACAUGGUCUCGAUCGCCAGCAGCGUGAGACGAGACAGAUACUCCUCGAGAGGUGCAGCUCCUAUCGUUGAGGCCAGUCCACUUGCGACAUCAUCAACAGAUCAUUCUCACAGCCGUGAGAAAACGGCUCAUGCAUCGAUGGCUCGACAAGAAUCGCAACAGUCGGCUUCACGAGCAGCUAGCUCGGACUUGGGUCAUAGCCGGCGUGGUCUCUUUGUCGCAAAUACAAACAACCUUUCUGGCAUCCCAGCCAAGGCUGCUGCUUCUACUCGAGAGCACGCUGACGCGCUGGUGGGUUCAUCUUCGAAACCCAGCAAGUCUCGCAAGAAGCGAAAUGAAAGCGAUGGAGGGGCGAGUGCUACGGGCGGUCCUUCAGCAGCGGUAGCUAGUAGCAGCAGGAAUGAACGUAAUGCUGUCGCUGUUGUUUCUGCUGUUGCUACAACCUCUAGUCAGAGUCGGCAGGCUAACCGAGAUUUACCUGUAACGCCUGCAGCACCAUCACCGGUGCAAGAGCCUGCAUAUGUAGCAUCUCCGAGCGUGGAACCCAUGCAGCAAUCAGCGGCAAUCGAUCCAGCCUUUUGUUUCACCAACGACGGUCCCAUGUACGGCGAAGACAUGGAGCUCGACCUGCCACCAAGCUACUUUGAGGCCGUCUACGGAGCAGGGGAAGAGGAUGAAGAUGCAUAG